AUGCUGCUAAGUGCGGGCGUCCCGGGCGCGCGUCCCGGGCAUGGGCGCCGCGGCCGGCGGGGGAGGCUCUGCUCGCGCUCUCGUCGCGCCGGGGCGGCUGGGCGGCGGGCAGGCGGGCGGGCGCGGGGCGGCGGCGCGGGCCGCGCAUGGGGCCGCGCAAUUAGGCUGCAGCGCCGUGCGCGCGGGGCAGCCGGCCGGGCGCGGGGCGCUUGGGGCGUGCGGCGGCAGCGUUGGCGAGGCCGAGGCGAGGGCUCCCGAGCAGCGGCGGUGAUGAUGGUGGCGGUGGCGGCACUCUCCGGGGCGCGGGCUGCCUCCGACUCCGCUUCACAUCGCGGGCCCCGCGCAGAAGUUACGGGCUUCUCCCGGGACGCGGGCGUGGCGCGGGCGGCAGUGGUGCGGUAUCCGCGCGUGCUGCCGCGGGAGGCAGAAACUUUUGCUCGCCGCGUCGCCCCCUCUCCCUCUCCCUCGCGCUGUCGCGCGCUCUCUCUCUCCCUCUCUCUGUCGCUCCUCUCUCCUCCCCCUGCGCUGACUCGGGCCCCUCCCGGGGCGGGCGCCCGGGCCGGCGGGCCCUCCGCCUCCUUUGUCUGCCGGCCCGCUCCGGCCGCCGCGGGCCGGUGCUUCCUGGGGUCCGGGCGCCGCCCGGCCGCCCCGUGGGUCCCCAGGGCACAGCCGCCUCUUCGCCUCCUCAGGGCUCCUCUCGCGGAGCUGGUUGGCGGUGCGGGGAGGCACUGGGCGGCUGGCGGGCUGGAGGCCGCGCGGUCAGCAGAGCGGCAGGCACUCUGGGCGGCCGCGGGAGCGGAGGCAACCCACUCGGCAGCGGCGGGCCGCGCGGCUCCUCCCUCGACUCCCGCCCCGCCCGGCCCGCGCCCCAGCGGCCGCCCGCCGCCGCGCUCCUUAAAUGCAGGGGGAGGCGCGGAGGGCGGCCCGCCCGCCGCCCCCGCCCCAGCCCGGCCUGACGGCGGCCGAGUCCCUGGCGCCACGGCGGGCGCCGGAGGAGGUGCGGAGCGAGGCGCGGGUCCGGGCCGCCAAGUUCCAAGUGCAGAAAAGUGUAGCGCAGGCCCCGGGCCGCCGAGCGGGGCCCACUGCUGGCAGGCGGGGACGCGGGGCCGGUGCGGGGCAGCGGCAUGCAACGGCCCGCACCCUCCCGCGCGCCCGGCGCGCUCCUUCCAUGCGCGCGCCCAACCCGGGCAUCCGCUCCCGCUCGCGCCGGCACGCGCGCUCCCCGCGCGCUGGCUGCCCAGCUCGGGAGCGGCCGCGAGGAUGUCCCCGGCUGCAGCCUCGCCCGCCGCCGCCACGCCGCUGCCACAUAGCCCUCGCCCAGCCGGCGGCUGCGAGCUCCCCGCGGGGCCUGGGGGCCUGCCCGGCUGGGGCAACCCCCCUCCCCCAUGGACCCGGCCGGCGCCGUUUCUCUGUUCUAGAAUCUUCUCGCUGCCCAUCCCGCGCUCUCCCGCCCGCCUUGGCUCUCGCUCGAGGGAGCGGGCGCAGCGCGAGGUGCGGGACGCCGUCUCCGCGUUAGCGGGGCGCAGGCUUGAGCGGGCCGGGGGAAAGUGGCAAAUUCCACAUCGGCCUCGGCGCGGGCUGCGCUGGGUUCUGGUCGUCAGCGCGACCAAUCUUACACUGGCCUCGGCCUCUCGACCCCCUCCCACGGGGACUCGAGGAGUCGGGGUCCCGCGGUUUGGGGAGAAGGACAAAAAGGCUCCCCGCGAGCCGCCUGAUGCUUGCAACACGAGCGGGAGACCCCGAGUCGUGCGUGUCAGGGGUAGAGGGGAGUUCCGAGGGCGUCCCUGCGGGGGUGACCGCGGGAAGCCGGGUCGUCCCAAGCCCCUUCGAGGCUCCAGGUUCGGGCGCGCGCUCCAGGCCACGGGGACCGCCAUCUCUGUGCGCUGGAACCUUCUCGGCCCGGGCCGGCCGCCCUCCUCUCUGCGACCCCGGGAGGCUGCCGACCAGAGGAGAAACGCCGUGGCAGGAGGACAGGGGGGCGGAGGUCCUUCUGUCUCGGGGACUCCACUGCGCUCGGAGGGCGCGAACGCCCCCGCCCCCCCCCGAGUCGCCCCAGGAUCGGUGCGGGGUCGUCCUGGUGGGCUGCGAGGGAAGGACCGGAGGGGGUCGGAGGCUCCCCGCUGCCCUGAGUCUCCCUUCUGGGCGUCCCUGGGAGCGCCCUUCGCCCCCCGCCCCCGGGUUCUUAGAGGUCGCAGUGGCAGAGAAGGGCGCUUCCCGGCCCCGCCCAGAGACCGCGCCCCCGAGUCACCCCGGCCGCCCUGGUCAAAUCCCACGCUCAACCAAGGCCGCCCCCUGUGGUCCGGGCGCCCAAGGAGCCGGGAUGCGCUAGGCGACGAGGGCACCGACCCUAGGCCUUUACACGUCUGGCCCAGGGGCCCCCAAGUGACUCCUCUGGGCGCGGGGGUAGGUGGGGAGAGGACAGAGGAGCGGCAGGCAGGAGCUCCCUCAGCGUGUGACUCCUCCUGGGACGCAAACACAAAACUUGCCCCUGGGCCCCAGGCUGGGCUUGCUUUCUAG